AUGUUGCCUUUUGAGCAAACAAUAUUGUUGCCUCCCAACUUUGGCAAAGUCGAAGCCAUCGAGUAUCUCGGCUUCAAAGGCAGUGGCUGCUUCGUCAAUGCGCUAGACAAGGGUAUACCCUUUGGACCCGUCUUGAUCCCUCAUCAGCUCUAUGUCAACGUACAAGACACAGCUCUGCUGCAUUUGGGUGCUUUGACCCUGGAGGAUGUGCAGAACGAGCGGCUGAUGGCUAUGGCGGGGACAUUUUCCUGGAAUGAGAUCAUUGGGAUCCUCCGUCGACGAUUCCCGGAGCGCAAAAACAUGGUUGUUCCGGGCGAGGAGAAAACCCUGGAUAUCGGCGAGGUAGACAAUGAACGUGCAGCCGAUGUGCUGCGGCAGAUGGGACGGGACGGGUUCAGAAGCCUAGAAGACACGCUGGUUGAGAAUAUGGAGUGUGUCAUCGCAGCAGAUUCUCUGGAAGUAGCAAGAAAUGGCACGGAUGCUGUCAUCGAUAUGAUUUUUAAAGGAGCUGGGAAAUCAUAA